AGCCCAUACCAUUGGUUAACAUGUCAACGCGGACCAGCCGGCAGCAUCAUGCUGAUUUUUCUAAUUAUCCAUUCAAAGCCGGGGAGAUAGCCUACUGCAAAGACCGACCAGAUGUCGUCGAAGAUGACGGGAAGGUGUUGGAAGCCUACCCAGCGAGGCCUGUCGUCCUUGUACGGGAGAACUCUAGACAUGCUCAUCAUUGGGAGGUCAUGUUCUUUACGCUGAACGAAAAAGUAGAAACGCAGAGCUUUGCAGCUUCCUCACUACUGCCUUAUGACGACGGUUACUCCAAGUUCGAGUCGGUAAGACUGUGGAACAAACCUAGGCCAGAGCACGAGAAGGAGUAUAUGGAAGCUGUUGGAUGGGAAGUUGAGCACGGAGUGAAGGCCCACAAGGAUCGGCAGGCGAUGCCCUCCGGGAUGCAACGUGUGCUCGAGAUGGCUGCCUCGAAAGUGAAGUUGGAGGGCUCCCCUGCAGGGCCGCGUGUGAGGAGCAGGAGUCGGAGUUCCUCACGCGGCAUGACCCCUCUUGCUCGUCGCAAUACAUCUCCAAGGGUACGUAGUCGAAGUCCUGGUCAUUCAUGGUCGAGCCCAUCCGGCGGCCAUCACCUUCCUGCUGAGCAUCCCACCAGGCAUUCUAGACGUACACAUGGCAGCUUUAAACCGGGGGAUAUCUACCGAGCUACCAUCACUCGAAUGCUACCAGAGUCAGAAAUCUACAUGCCCGAGGCCGGUUCGCAAGCCUUGCCUAUAGACUCGAGUCCGAGUAGUUCCAGCGCGGUGGCAACAAUGAGCAAGGAAUCUUCAGAAGAGGCCUCGCUGCCAGAAGAGGAUGUCGACGCUCUACGCUCACUAGAUGCACGACAGGCCGCUGAGCUGACCCUUUAUGAGGAAGCUGAUCGGGCCUAUGACUUCCUCAUGGGAGAGAAGGCUCACGAGGAGUACAUCCAAAGGCUACUGCAAAGUGCUGCGUUCGUCUUUGGAGGGGACGAGAGCGACUCGAACGAGAUGGGGGUCAUCCUCGCGGGCAUCCGACUUGCUCUCAAGCGGAUUCAGAACGAGUCAGUGAAGUUCGACUUGCCCAAUAUGCGGCGACUGAGCCUAGCCUUGUACCAAAUAUUGAGACCUGCUGGCUUCGGUGAUCUCCGUGGGAGUCCGAAACUAUACAGUUGUGCGAAUUUGGUUCGGUGUAUUGUGAAGGAUAUGAUCGGGGAUGAGUCAACGUAA